UGAUAAAGGAAUAGUCAGCAUAAAGAAUCCACAAGUAGUCAAUUUGGGUGGAAAAAGAAAUCCGCCAUAUCGGAAGGCAAGGGUUUCAGAUCAUGACCAUGCGCAUGACUGAAGUGGUCCUCCGCCAUCAUUGGCUCUUUUGGCUUCACUCAUCAGCAGAAUCAUCACUCUUUUUAUUUAGAGCCUGAGGGUGUUGAUUCCAAAGGACUGCCAAGGUGAUAGCUAGCAGGCCAGCAGGAUUUGGAGGUAUCAACACACACAGAGAGAGAGAGAGAGAGAGAGAGAGAGAGAGAGAGAGAGAGAGAGAAUCGAUGAUGAUGAAGUACUGGUGGCUACGACUGAUGAUGUACAGGAAAUGCGCCUCCUUCACUGCAUCGCCGUCGGCUGAACCCGUGGAGGUGGAAGAAGCCAACCGGGAGGUGGUCGGCAGGAAGCCCAGAGGAUGGCAAUGCAUGCCUUACGUCAUAGGGAAUGAAGCAUGUGAGAAGGUGGCAACAAUUGGGCUAACAGCAAAUCUGACGGUAUACCUGGUAAGCCAUUUCAACAUGGAGCAGGUGGAGGCAGCAAACUUGACAAACAUCUUCUUUGGGACAACCAACUUUGCACCACUGAUAGGUGCCUUCAUUUCUGAUGCUUAUUGGGGGAGAUUCCGAACCCUAGCCUAUGGCUGUUUUGCAUCUCUCUUGGGAAUGCUGGCCUUGACUCUCUCUGCUUCAAUUCCACAACUGCAAAGACAAAGUUGUAGCCAAUUGGCCCACCAAGUAGGGCAAUGCAUGAGGCCAUCCAAAGCAAAACUGAGCAUCUUGUUCAUCUCCUUGAGCUUCUUAGUUCUUGGCGCCGGGGGUAUACGGCCAUGCAGCUUGCCCUUCGGUGUCGAUCAAUUCGACCAGACAUCAGAGCAAGGGUUAAGGGGCAUCAAUAGUUACUUCAAUUGGUACUAUGGCACCACUACUGCUGCCUUUAUGAUCUCUGUGACUGUUGUUGUUUAUAUCCAAAAUAGCAUCAGCUGGUCCAUUGGCUUUGGCAUACCAACAGUCCUCAUGCUCCUCUCAAUAAUUUUGUUCUUUAUGGGCACUAGAUUAUAUGUCUAUGUGCCCCCUGAGGGGAGUGUCUUCUCUGGAAUUGCUCGAGUUUUUGUUGCCUCAUUCAAGAAGCGAAAACUUGAGCUCCCAUUUCCUGAUGAUGCUCAGCAGCAAGAAUCAGUGCUAUAUAACCCUCCUACUCCAAGUGCCCGAAUCAUGAAGCUUCCGCUAAGUUUGCAAUUCAGGUUCCUUAACAAAGCUGCAGUUAAAUGCGAUGGCGAGAUAAAACCAGAUGGUACAAUAAAUUCAUGGAGGCUUUGCAGUAUCCAGCAGAUUGAGGAGGUAAAAUGCUUAAUGCGUAUCGUGCCAAUAUGGUUUUCUGGCAUCAUAUGCUUUGUGGCAAUGGCUCAGCAGUGGACUUUCUUAGUGUUACAAGCCAUGAAGAUGGACAGACACCUUGGUUCACAUUUCCAAAUUCCUCCAGGAUCUGUUGUCACCAUCAAUUUGCUUGCUCUAGCCUUGUUCCUCCCUAUCUAUGACAAGGUUUUUGUCCCCAUGGCUAGAAGAAUCACAAAAAUUGAGACCGGGAUCACCCUUCUCCAAAGACAAGGAAUUGGACUGGUCAUCUCUAGCUUAUCCAUGGUGGUUGCAGCCUUGGUGGAACGUAAAAGAAGAGACUUAGCUUUGUCUCAUGGCAGGGCUAUGCAAAUGUCGGUCCUGUGGCUUUCGCCGCAGCUUAUUUUAACUGCCAUUGCGGAGGGCUUCAAUGCAGUAGGACAAGUGGAGUUUUACAACAGGCAAUUCCCUGAACACAUGCAAACCUUAGCAGGUUCUCUAUUCUUCUGCAGCCUGGCUGGGGCUAACUAUUUGAGCAGCUUUUUAGUGAGCGUCGUCAAGAAAAUCACCGGCGGCGGCGGUCGGGCAAGCUGGCUGGACAACAACAUUAAUAUCGGUAGAGUGGAUUACUACUACUAUGUCAUAGCUAUCAUGGGAGUGGUGAAUGUGCUUUAUUUCCUUGUGUGUGCCCAUUACUACCGUUACAAGGGCUUGUCAUCCGUAAAAGAAUAAAUCUUUGGGACAUGGGUAUGGUCUAUAUAUAUGAGAGGGGAGUUGAAGCAUUAUUUAGAAAAUGGCAGAAGUUAGUGAUGAAAGGAUGUAGAGGUGUUUGUAAUGAUGAUGAUACAAUAUGCAACUAAAGCUUCAUUGAAGUUAAAACUUUCUGAGCAAUCCAAUAACAAUAUGCAGGGAAUUUCAUGGAUUCAAUGUGUGAUGGAGCAGUGACAUAAAAUUAUUUGAGGAAAAAGCCAGGUCCAAGGAGAAAUAUUCUGAAGUUUGCCAAGAAAGGGUCAGACCAGAUAUGAUCUCGCUCUAAGAAGAGAAUCGUAAUAGAGGGCUGCAAGUGCUUCAUGUGGGUCAGAUAUAUUGCUCCAAUAGCAGCUAUGUAAUCUAUUGAGAAUAUAUCAUUUUAAAGUGGAAAAA